GAUGAGGAGGGGGGUUUAUAUAAACUAAGAGUCACCUGUCAGACAGCAUCACUCCGGCCUGUUAAACACCGUCGAUAAAGCCAUUUAAUAUUGGCUGCCAGAUGAAGCGUUAUCAUCCCCUCCUGUCUCUUUAAGAAGCACCGAUGCAGCAGACGCAGUCGCCUCAUUUCAUCUCCGGGCUUCAUGGUUGCAGGAUGGACUCUCAUCAGCACCAUCAGCAGCAGCAGCAGCAGCAGCAGCAGCAGCAGCAGCAGCAGCAUCUCUUCCUCCUUGUUGCCACCAGGAACUCUUCAGCCUCCAUCAAGUCCGGCGGGAACCGACGCUUUCCUACGAUGCACAACUUCCACCGGCCGAGAUGUCCAGCUGUGAGGGCUCCUAGCGUCCCUCUCUAGAGGCAGCAGUGGAGAGGCUGGAGGUCCCUCGCACAUCGAUGUCUCUCACUCCGAGUCGAAAACCCUCCUCAGGUCAGCGCAGGCGCUCGGUGGGCACUGGUGGCGGAGGUGGGCGAUACUCUCACAGUGACGCAUCCAGUACUCACACCUACCCGGGGCGGGUUAGGACAGCCGAUGUCAGCCCCACGGCCAGGACGCAUCCAAGUACACCCAGGCGUCAGGUGAAGCACACAGCCUGCAGUGACAACCAUGGGAUCAGGCCUCCGACCCCGGAGCAGUACCUCACACCUCUGCAACAGAAGGAGGUGUGUAUCCGACACCUGCGAGCCAGACUGAGGGACAACGUGGAACGACUGCAACACAGAGACUGUGAAAUCGAUGAGUUGAGGACCCAGCUGUACAGGAUGCAGGAGGACUGGAUAGAGGAGGAAUGUCACCGUGUGGAGGCCCAGUUAGCCCUGAAAGAGGCCCGCAAAGAGAUCCAGCACCUUCAGGAGGUGGUUGAGUCGGUGAAGUCCAACCUGAACGUUCGUGAACAAGACCCCCACGAUCACAAGCCAUACUCAGGUUUGCAAGCUCGGCCGGGGGGGAAGUCUCGCUCCUGCGGCUGCUCCCCAGCCAGCACUUUGAGUCGCGGCGCCACCCACACCCGACUGAGCAGCGAGGCGCUGCAGCUGGAGCGCGGCUCAAAUACUCCUGAGUCCGGCCGAGCGUCUCGCCCGGCGGGACAAACCCACCUGCUCCUGGAGGCGGCCCUCCUAUCGGAGCAGCUGCCCCCGCAGGGCCACAUCCGAGGCCCCCCGACUGUGCCGCGCUCCUCCACCUACGAGAAGCUGUGCAGUGGGGGGGCGAUGUUGCCAUUCUCACACUCCUGUCACACUCUCAGUAGCACCUGCAAGUGCAGUGCCCACGCCUACCUCCCUCAUCAUCACUUGUUCCUGCACUUACCUCAGGAGGAGGCCCCGGUGACAUCGGCACCUGCAGCUGCCCCUGCGUCUGAUCCCAUCCCCACCCCGAGUCCUGCAGCGGAGAAGAAGCCGGAGGUGCGCUCCCAGGCCUGCAGCCCGACCAUGAGCUGGCUGUGUGAGGAAAGCUGUGCCGAAGAGCUGAGUGUCAUCUCUCUAAAAACAGACGUCCCCCCAUCAGAGCCACAUCUGAUCCCACCGUCCUUACCCUCUCUGUCCCUCCCUGAGCACUCAUACAGUUUAGAGCCGCUCCCACCUGACAAACCAGAGCAGGUAACAAAGACCCCGUCAGAGCCGCACACCUGCCAGCCCCUCCCUGCUGCUCCACUUCCUGUGAGGCAGGACGCUACAGUAGUGGAGAUAGAAGAAGACGAUAUGGAUGAGACUGAAGCUGCAAACGAAGACGGGUACUCCCCUCAGCUCUGCCACUGGAGCCGCUACUUCCUUGUGGAUCUGCUGGCGCUGGCGGUGCCAGUGGUCCCCACCAUGGCGUGGCUGUGCAGAGGGGCGCAGCGGGAUGUCAUGCCGGCCUAUCACAUCGGGUCACUGCUGAGAGGUUGCUGUGCCGUGGCCCUCUACUCGCUUCGACGCCGGGGUGCAGGCAGGGGAGGGAGGCCUGCCAGCAUGAAUGGAACAACAUCCAUCUGAGACGUCCUGCUCCGUGUGACACGAAGAAUACAACUCCCAACCUCUGCGGGCACAGCCACAGCGAUGCUAACGUUGCUUCAGUACGUUUUGGUUAUUGCCGUGUGCUGGAUAUCUCCUCGUCUAAGGUUUUUAGAUUUUACAGUAUGCCCUCGUGAUUUUGUGGUCAUGCCUUGCCUUAGAGAACAAAGGAUUAGUUGCACAUAAACAUUUCAUGACUCAAAUAUACUUACUGCUUCCGCCUGCAG